UACGGGCCGCGGCGCCAGAAUACCAACGUCAGUGGUGAUGUUAUUUUGUGCGCACGUGUAUCGUCGUGUUAUGACAAACUGAAUCAUUCAUGUGAGUUGCAGUUUCGAAAAGCAGAAGAAGAAGAAGAAGAAGAAAACAAAACGAAACUGAAUUGCAUCGGAGCUGGAGGUCCGGCGUGCUCCAGUGAGCGGGAAGGGCAGCAGUAGAACAUGAGACUUGUGACUGUGUUCAUUAUGCGAACAUAAUGGUGAUGGUGGCGGACGUUGUGUUAAACGACAGACAGACGUCACGCCCGUGAAACGAGGCGCGUGACUAUAAGACGCCGCCAUACUACGCCCGGCCUCCGAUGGGCGGAAAUCAGGUCAAGGCCACCACACGUUCCCCUCUGCUGCACGUGGAGUCCGUCACACUUACCUCCGAAGAAAACCACGAGCGGCGAUUUCGGAAGGAGCUUCCCCGGCGGCUGGGGUCUAUGCUCCUGGCCGAUUGGGUGCGGCUGAAGAGAAGAGAACACGAAGUGAUAACGAAAGGCAAGGUGGUGCUGGAUGAGGGUCGAGCCCCUCCAGAGAUAGUGAAAGAGGUGGAAAUGUACAUGAAGUCUGCCUCCAAGAAGAUACAUAUCAAGUAUCACCCCAAGAUCGCACCCAAGCCAAGGAAUCGUUUCCGUCUCAAGGGUCCCCGGCUUACCCAGACUGCUGCCCGGCGGAUCCAGGACGCGUACGACAGGCGGGAAAAGGAGCAGCAGCAGCAGCAGAAGCAGGAGAGAAUAGCACAAAAGCGAGAUAAGUCCCGGCUCAGUGUCAGGUCACAGGGGUGGACGGAGCAAGGCACCUCUCGGGCUUCCAAACGAACACCCACGGGGAGGCUGAAGCAGCAGGAGCAGAAACGUGCGUCUUCCUUGCCGCCCACCAGCACCCUCAGUCUGCAGUCCAUCACCACCGCGGAGUCUUCAGGCAUUGGGAUGUCCCGCGCCUCCUCCCUCACGUCAGUGGCCAGCAUAAGGCACAAAAAGACCUUCUUCUCGAGGCAGCGGGGGCAGAGUUCCGACACUGACGACACCGGGGGACAGAACCUCCGGCUGGCGAAACAGCGAAGCGGCAGGAGGGCGUCCCCCCUGAUGGUGAAACACAACUCCCCGAGUGGCCACAGUCCAACACCAGAGCGCGGGACUGCAGCCAAACAGAGGUGGACAGUUGCUCUGCGGCAGUCAUUCCAGCAAGUUAUGCAGCAGAAAGAACGCAAGCAAACGGGCUACACAAAAACAAGGCAAACCAACAAACAACAAAAAACGGCAAAGAGAAAAGAAAAUCUUGAGCCUCAAAUGGGUCACUCUGGAAACAUGGAAGUGAAGCAGGUGAUGUCAGACAAACACCAGGAGACAGAGGGACACCAGACAAAGCUCCAGAUGGACGGAGAGAUGACGCUUCAGGUACCGGACACCAUGCACCGAGCGUCUCCCUCAUCGCAAGGAAGCGCGUCGUCAGAUAAAAAAGAACAAGGAUCCCAAACAAGGCUGUCUGGUCCUCCUAAACCCCGACGCCUGCUGCUCCUCCGGCCUGGAAAAAACAAAGUCAAGCAGGAGGAGCAACAGAAAUCUGUACAGCAAACAGCUGGAUGCAGUGUUUUCCCAAACAAAAUCAAUCCCAAAGAAAAAUGGAAGCGCUUACUACGAAUGAAUAAGAAAGAUACGACAAACAAGGAACAUGAGGAGCGGAAGGGCUCCAUAACAUCAAACAACUACCACGUCAGACGUCGGGCAUCUGUAGACGUGAAUAUGCAACGAGACAGUGGACAGCGGCGCCACAGUCAGCCCAUGACAGGCCUUGCCAGUGAGGCAGAGAACACAGAAAGCAUCAUUCCUGCAGAUCUUCAUCACCUCGCAGGAGGUGAAAGAAUUAUCCGGGUGAGUCGCCAUCCCUCUCCCAACGAUGGUGGUGAGGUGAUCAUAGAACAGCAGAUGGUGCGCAGAGUUGUACCCCAGCAGUCCACCACCUACGAAGAAGAGCAACACCAGUAUCGUCGAUCGGAUAAAAGAUACCAGCUGACCGAGGAACAGCUUAUCCAAAGUCAAGGAGAGAACACACUUGUGGUAAAUUCAUCAGAUGUUGGGUACAAUGAGCCGGUCAUGAGUCGCGGCGGCUCGAGGCGGUCUUCAGGGGAACGAGACAUCGGUGAGUCUGACGGUAACCAAGGAAGAUUUUCCGAGUCUCAACUCCCAAGUGACGAUCAAUCUGCAGGAUUUUUUGGGAGGGGCUUAACCACACAACCAGACCGGAGCGUUGAGGGAGGAAGCUUCAACCCUGAGGAGCAAAUGGCAGUGCGUCCUUUGGGAAUGAUGGAGCAAGGCCGUACCGUCGAGAAUCAGGGCUCGAGGCGGCCGGGAAGUUUUGCAGGGCACGGUCAAGAUCUGAUCCACGACAGAGGAAGGAUGUCAGCGAUAUCGUUGGAUCACGGAAUUGUUCAGGCUCCGUUGGAAGCCAGACUUAUCACGGAGCGCGGUAGCCCAGACAGGCUACGCCAGCGGGACUCCCUCAUAGAAUUCGGCCGUCAUGAACACCCAGUUGAGGUCCUGCAUGGCGAAGCUCCCAUAAGAGCAACGGAAAGCAUCCAACAUGGAAACAUUGUUGAGCGUGUCGUUCGUGACUCCUCCACAGAAAGGCUGCACCAAAGCGCACUCGUUGAGCGAGGCCGCCGCGAAUCCCUGGUGGAGUACCCAAGAAUUGAUGGUCCGAUAGACCGCGUGCGUCCUGAUGUGUCCGGGCGUGGCGCAGCACUCAGCGAAAGAAAUGGUGACCGGAUAUUGCCAAGGGUAACUCAAGACAGGGGAUACAUCCCAUCGCGCAUCGACCGUGGGUACUCUUAUGAGCCCCAGGAUGAGAGGCGUGGCAGGCAGUAUCAGGAGCGCAGGUACACUGUUGGUACAGUAGAGCCAAGUUACCUUGCAGGAUUCACUGAAAGGCAAAUAAUUGGGAGGUUAUCAGAACCUGACAGCAGCAGGAUAUAUUCUGGCCGGAUACCUUAUAGUAGAGCCCUAGAUUCAGAUCCUGUCAGGAGUAGAUCUAUUGACUAUGAUUUCUCGAGACCAUAUUCGGAGAGUGAUUACCCAGGCAGGUUCAUAGACCAUGAGCCUGCCAAAAUAUAUGCCGAGCGGCUAGUGGCUGCAGGGAGGCUGAGGAACACGGAAGACUACGACCUGAGGGAACGAGGUGGUCGCUACAGAGACGCGGUCAUCACCCAGCAUUCCGUCGCCUCUGCCCCGCUAGUCGACCACAGGUCUUUAUGACGGUUAGUUCACAAGUGGCACUCCGGCUACGGCAGAUACGUGGUCCUCUUUAGCAGCAGGUGACGGGGUGCCGAGGACGCGGCUAAACCUGCUGAGAAUAGCAAAGACCAGGAGGUAACACCACUUUCCGUGUGACUUGUCUCGGAUCUCCUGUGAAUUGCCGCGUUCUUGUCUCAUACUAUGAAGAAUUGACCUGAAGACCACCGUCGUCUCUUCAAACGAGGCAAUAGUGUUGUUAGGCUGGCUUUACUGAAAAAAGCUCCAAGCAGUAGCAACUCAGGCAGAGAGUGAUGCAAUUGGCCCAGGCUCCUCAUUGUUAUAUAAAUGUUUUAUUUAUAUAUCAAAUGAAAUAUGAAAGGCUCCUAGCCCCUCCGGUACACUGUCUGCCAGUGCCAGUGUGGGUCCCGGGAAUGGGCUCUGCGACCAGCUAAGGCUGCCUAAAUGAUCAUGUGUACAGAUGAAAAUAUUAGUGUUUAUAAGUCAUUCAAUUUUCGUAAAUUGCUUACUUAUUUUUCGACAUAGUAAGACUGUAUAUUCUAAUGCAGAGGAAAAUGUAUAUUCUAAUGCAGAGAUAAAAUGUAUAUUCUAAUACAGAAGAAAAAUGAAGCUGUGAAUAUGUCACCAUCUGUACUAUGCCGUCUCUCCCCCGCGGCAGGACUGAUUUGUACACAGGACCCGUCGCACUCCGCUUUGUGACAACCACCUUUGCCACUCUCUUGUCAGCAAGCCAUUCAAAUCAAUGCACCGAACAUUAUACGCACUAUGGCCUAGAUUCAGUAUUUUGUUUGUAUGUUCUACAUGUUUUUGCUAUCAUUUGAUCAGCCCCAGCAAGCCAGAUCUUGAUGUGUUGCACCGAAAUUCUGAUGUAAAUAUCAAAUAAAAUUCCUUAUUGUCUGUCUAUGCAUACACAACAAGGAUCAGUCAACA